AUGUCAUUGACAACACUUCGUACAGCUUCCAAGCGUGUCCCACGAGCAUUCGCUCCUCUCUCUGCCAAUAUCCAUACCUCCCACCCAGCGAGCAAGGGCAACAAAGUCACUCCUGGAGGAGUAACGGCUGAUACCGAUCCUGAGAAUGAUCCCAAGAAAGGUGGAGAUGGGUUCUUCGGUUCCUUACUAUACGGAUCAAAAGAAGCCAAAGCAGCAGGACUAAUCGAACCAUCCCAUCAAGGCCAACACUCCAAAAUAGUCGGAAGAGGUAAAUACGUCCAUGAGAAGAUAACGCACAAUGUCAUACCUUCCAAACGAGAUGAGUAUCUCGCUGCGGCUGAAAAUUACUUUAGAGAAUUGAUUGAUCAUAAUGGUGAAUUUGGAAGAGUCAAAUUGACGGGAAGUUGGGAGAGUGUCGUUGGUACUGUUGGGGAAUUCACACAUAUCUUGGAGUAUGAGGGGUAUAGAGGGUAUGAUGAGACUAACAAAGCUUUAAGAGGGAGUAAGGAAAUGCAAUCCCUCCAGUCCCAGAUCUUACCCUUGAUAAACUCAAGACAACAUCAGAUCGUAUCUGAGUUCAGCUUCUGGCCAUCUUCUCCACCACACGAUAGUGGUUAUCCCGAUGGAGGUAUAUUCGAAAUGAGAUCUUAUCAGUUACAACCUGGUAAAUUGUUGGAUUGGGAGUACGCUUGGAGGAGAGGUUUGGAAGCUAGAAAGAGGUUUGUGCAACCAGUAGGAGCCUUCUUCUCUCAAGUAGGACAACUUCACGAAGUACAUCAUAUCUGGCAAUACCCCGAUAUGGAGACUCGUAAACAUACCAGAGAACAGGCAUGGAGCGUAGGAAGUUGGAGUGACACUGUUCAAGAGACCGUCAAAUUGGCUCAAAGUAUGAAAUCAACCAUCAUGGUACCUUGUCCCUGGAGUCCACUGAAGUAG